AAUGAAUUUUGAAUCAUAUCUCCAAUUUACCUUUUAUUCGUCAAACAAUGACCAAUCUCGUCACCGGUGUAGUCCUUCUCCUGUUAUCGGUCGCCGGCAUCGUCUCUUCCACUAGAAAUGUUAUCGGAGACGUUCUCCGGUUGCCGUCGGAAGCUUCAAGGUUCUUCCACCGGAGCGACGAUGAUGAAGUUGGUGGCACUAAAUGGGCGAUCCUAAUAGCAGGAUCUAAUGGUUAUUGGAAUUACAGGCAUCAGGCUGAUGUUUGUCAUGCUUAUCAACUCCUAAGGAACGGUGGUUUGAAUGAUGAGAAUAUCGUCGUCUUUAUGUACGAUGAUAUAGCUUUCAAUGUAGAAAACCCUAGGCCUGGUGUUAUCAUUAACAAUCCUCAGGGACCUGAUGUUUAUAAGGGAGUUCCAAAGGAUUAUACUGGAAUAGAUGUUAAUGUUAACAACUUUUUUGCGGCUAUCCUCGGAAACAAAUCUGCAAUCACCGGGGGUAGUGGAAAGGUUGUAAAUAGUGGCCCUAAUGAUCAUAUCUUCAUAUACUACACUGACCAUGGGGGUCCUGGUAUUCUUGGGAUGCCCACCUGGCCUUAUCUCUUUGCUGAUGACUUGAUUGAUGUUUUAAAGAAAAAACAUGCUUUAGGGACCUAUAAAAGCUUGGUAUUCUAUCUUGAAGCUUGUGAAUCAGGAAGUAUCUUUGAGGGUCUCCUUCCCGAGGGUUUGAAUAUCUAUGCUACUACAGCAUCGAAUGCCGAAGAGAAUAGCUGGGGAACCUAUUGUCCUGGAGAGUACCCAAGUCCUCCCCCAGAAUAUGAUACAUGCUUGGGAGACUUAUACAGUGUUGCUUGGAUGGAGGACAGUGACGCAUAUAAUUUGCGGACAGAGAGUUUGCACCAGCAAUACGAAGUUGUGAAAAAGAGGACUAUCGGUGACAAUUAUGUUUAUGGCUCUCAUGUCAUGCAAUAUGGUGAUAUAGGGCUUAGCAAGGACAGUCUCUUUGCAUACUUGGGCACAAAUCCGGAAAAUGAUAACUUCACCUUUGUUGAUGAGAACUUCCAACCACCUAAAAAAGCUGUUAACCAGCGUGACGCUGAUCUUGUCCAUUUUUGGUCCAAGUAUCGCAAGGCACUCGAGGGCUCUGUUAGGAAGGCUGAAGCCCAGAAGCAAUUUGUUGAAGUCAUGUCUCAUAGAAUGCUUGUAGACAACAGUAUGAAACUCAUCGGAAAACUUUUAUUUGGAAUAGAAAGAGGCCCGGAAAUUUUGAGUGCGGUUCGACCGGCUGGCCAACCACUCGUAGACGACUGGAAAUGCCUCAAGAAAAUGGUGAGAACUUUCGAGACUCAUUGCGGAUCGCUAGCCCAGUAUGGGAUGAAACACAUGCGAUCGCUUGCAAACAUCUGCAAUGCCGGAAUUCAGACGGAACAGAUGGCCGAGGCCUCGGCACAAGCUUGUGUUAGCAUUCCUAACAAUCGUUGGAGCUCUGUUCAGAAAGGGUUCACUGCAUAACAA